CGCGGGUCUGCGCCUGUUCUGCCUUGGAGAGGCGCUAAUCUCGCCUGUUGGCGCAGGUGCCACUGGACCCUCUGAAGAUCAUGACCUUGGACAACAAACCCAUGGAGGAGACGGACAUUGACGUGGAGGGAGACGAUAUUAAAGAUGAGAGGAAUAUGGAUUAUUCGUUGCUGAAUGAGGGCAGUGGCGAUGUGGAGCAAAGCGCGUCCUCCCUCACUUCUAAGGAGCCGGAGGAGGGGGACUUCGCAGCCCGACUGCGGGCUGCCCCAAGCAGGAGAGCCGCCACGGUUAAGCCCCCGUAUUCCUACAUCGCUCUCAUCACCAUGGCCAUCCUCCAGAGCCCGAAAAAGCGUCUAACUCUCAGUGAGAUAUGCGAUUUUAUCAGCCAGCGCUUUGCGUAUUACCGAGAGAAGUUCCCUGCGUGGCAAAACUCCAUCCGUCACAACUUGUCUCUGAAUGACUGCUUUGUCAAAAUGCCCCGGGAGCCUGGGAAUCCUGGGAAGGGGAAUUACUGGACCUUGGAUCCCAUGUCGGCCGAUAUGUUUGAAAAUGGGAGCUUUCUCCGGCGCAGGAAACGCUUUAAGAGGCAACAUUUCAACACGGGGACCUUAAAGGACACCGGUGCGCAGGAGCGCAGCCUGAUUCCUGGAUUGCCUUUCCCAGGAGCGCACAGGGUGGGCUCCUCUCUCCAGGGGUCUGCUUUAGAUUUGUACCACGAUCUAACCAUAGGGAGUCGUUUGGGUUCCCACGCUAGUCCCAACAUCCCACCUGUAAGCAGCAUCUUACCCGCGCUCUCGUCGCUCCUCUCCAGGACUGUCGGUCAGAAGACUUUCCCUCCUCUAACAUUUGAACAUUUCGACCCGGGACGCUGCACCGCUGUCCCAUCUUUGGCUCCCAACUCCCCGUUCAUGUCUCCCGUUUCACUUCAUGGAAUGAUGCCCAAUUACAUUGUUACGCAGUUGCCCAAUUUCCCCAUUGGGACCAUUAAAGUUUCCUCAAACUUAAUAUAAUACAGGCUAAUG